CGUUCACUCCAUCACGCGCCAUUGCUCUAGGUAAAGUUAUGGUAUUGUUCUCAAGACCGAACUUAUCCCCCAGCAAACUUUUUUAUCUCCCAUUGCCAUGAUGGUGAUGCUUUGAUAUCUUAGUUGUAUUUCUAUCGUCUUUCUUUCCUAGAAUCUCACAUAGACGGUCCUUAUCUCCCCCUUCUUCUUCUCUUACUUCCCUAAUCUCUCGAGUCAUCGCCAGGAUGCCUGUGCCAUUUAUUGGGCGUUUGAACAUCACCGAAUAUGUUGCUCUUGUGGGCUCAUUUUUCCUUGUCGGCCUCGAGGCGAUUAUCCGCAUUCUGACCCUCGCACUUCCCCGGUCGCUUAUCUCCCUCUUCUACCGAGCCUCCCGCCGCCUCUUCCACAGAUUUACGACACCGGCGCAGAAUAAUACUAUACAAAGAAAGAGAUCCCUCUCAAUAACCGUGAGAGAUGCUUCCGAUUUUGUUGACCUAUGCCGUGUGUUCGGAUACGAAGCCGAGGAACAUGUCACUCAGACGAAAGACGGAUUUCUGCUGGGCCUCCAUCGUCUAGCAUGGAAACGGGGUGAGGAGGGUCAGAGAGUGAACAGUGGCCGCGAUAGUGUGCAAAAGAAAGUCGUGUACUUGCACCAUGGCCUGCUUAUGAAUUCCGAGGUCUGGGUCUCGUUGACCGACGCGCAGAGGUGUUUGCCUUUUGUCCUGGUUGAAAAAGGCUACGAUGUUUGGCUUGGCAACAAUCGAGGGAAUAAAUACUCCAAGAAGUCGAUCAAGUACUCGCCGACUUCCGUCGAGUUCUGGAAUUUCUCCAUGGACGAAUUCGCUCUACACGACAUCCCCGACAGCAUCUCGUACAUCCUGGAAACCACAGGACAGGAAAGCCUCUCGUACAUCGGGUUCUCUCAGGGAACGGCGCAGGCGUUCGCGGCGCUCGCUAUUCACCCAAAGCUCAAUGACAAGGUCAACGUCUUCAUCGCGCUGGCGCCUGCCAUGUCCCCCGCUGGUCUCUCCAACGGCGUCGUCGACGCCCUCGUCAAGGCGUCCCCCCAAGUACUCUUCCUGCUCUUCGGGAGGCGGUCCAUCCUCAGCUCGACGACCAUGUGGCAGUCUAUCCUGUACCCACCCAUCUUCGUGAAGAUCAUCGACUACAGCCUCGGCUUUCUCUUUGACUGGCAGACGAAGAAUAUUUCGUGGAGUCAGAAGCUUGCGGCCUAUCCCCAUCUCUACUCAUUCACGUCCACCAAGAGCGUGGUCCAUUGGUUCCAGAUCAUCCGCAACAAGGCAUUCCAGAUGUACGAUGACGACGUGCAGCCGCCGGUGGCGCUGAGCUCGUCGAGCAAGUACACCAAGGUGGCGCGGUAUCCGACGCGCAACAUCAAGACGCCCAUCGUUCUCGUCUACGGCGGCACCGACUCGCUCGUGGACAUCAAGGUCAUGCUGCGCGAGCUGCCCAAGAUGACGGUGGCCACGGAGAUCCCACAUUACGAGCACCUCGACUUUCUCUGGGGCCACGAUGUCGAUGCCCAGGUGUUCCCGCACGUGUUCGACGCGCUACAAUCUUUCACGGAUCCCCACCACUCGUCCGAAGAAUACGCGAAGUACCAGCUUGCCCGACAGGAGAGCCUCCUGGGAUCCGGGGCACCGUACCGAAAUCACGGUGAAAAGUCGGGCGGGAGCGGGAGCGACACCUCCACGACUGAGGCGUUGUCCACGGGUAUUGCGGACGAGGCGCAGGGAGACGCCGAUGCCGGGAGCAGGGUCACUCCCCGGACGCCACAGCACAGGGCUCGAGAAGAAGAGGAAAGGGACGCGGUGGUGUCCCUCAACGCUUCUCCGUUGAUAGGUCGGCCUCGUAUUGCCGAUGACCCACGGCAACUCGUUCGUUCUCGUGAGGGCGGACCCAAUGCCGAACAACUUGCUUCGCCGGGCAAGCUGAAGGGAACCGGAGUUCGUAGGAGCAGCAUCAGCGGCAGCGGGAGCGGCAGCGGGAGCAUUAUUAGUCUGGACACAGGCCGCGGCAUCAGUCUUGGCACGGGGCGGGCGGUGGGCGGAGUGGUGACGACGGGAGGCGUUGACAAGGGGAUCACUACUAGCCCCACUGUGGUCAACGACAAUAAGACGAAGGGGAGGCUGAAGCGGACAUGAUGUAACGUUAUAAUUAUACAGGAGGUAGGUAGUGAGACAACUAACUGUACGA